AUGGACGCAGAUGAAGAGUUCAGCCAAGAUGAAGAUUACCCUGAUUACGAGGACGAAGACGGUCAGCCACAAGACGCCCUCGUGGCGGAGGAGGCGCCAGACAACCACCAGGAGGACGAGUGCGAGUACGGCGAUCAGGACUCGGACGCCAUGGGCGACGAAGAGGAGGUGGUGCUGGACGUGUUCUACCAGGGCUUCAAGGCGAAGAAGAAGCAGUUUGGCCGCGGCAAGGGACGCGGGAAGAACACCGCGAGUGGCGGCCGGGGAAAGAAGUCCGGAGUGUGCGACGACUGCCUUCAGCCAGGCCGCUGGAAGGGCGACCCAGAGUGCCCGAAGGUGAUCGCGGGGAUUACGUCUCCGUUCAAGCCUGGCGGCAAGGGCGACGGCAAGAAGGGUUCUUCCUCGGCGAACGUGGCAGCAACGAUGGCUACGGACAGUACGGCGCACAUGGAGUUCAAGUGGUUGAACGACGGAGCGGAAGAAUUGCCAUCUCCCCAUCCGGGACCGGUGGAUGCCUUCGUGCUGGGUUCGCAGAAGGUCAAGGCGGAGGUGAAGCAAGAGAGCGACAACCUUGGGCUGGAUCCCAGGAGGCCUCCGACACCGGGCUCAGAGUUCGAAGACGACUCCUUCGAGAAGGACUCAGACGAAUCCGAGGGGGUCUACAAGAGCUGGACCGAGGAGCAGCUCAGUGCGGAGUUGGCAAGGAGGAAGCACAAAUCGACAGGACCGCGGGAGGAGCUGGUCGGAAGACUCCUCCGAUCCAACCUGCACGCGACGUUCAUGGAUAAAGAAGCUGACGGAUGGCAGGACGUGGAAAAGAAACCCUCUGGAGCGGCUGGAAGUGCCGAUGGCGGCAAGAAGCCAAAGCCCUCAGCGCGGCCGAAGCCUAAAUCGACACCAGCGGCUUCGAGGUUCCAGUCUGAGAGGAUCCACAUCAGCGGCGGCGACGUACGCUCGUUGGUCGAUCGGCACAGGGCGCGGCUGGGCGAGUUCGUGGUGGACUUCACGAACCGCGCGCGCGACCACCACACGGGGUACGUGACCGACUGCGAGCUGGAGGUGUUCAGGAUCCUGACGGCGAAGCAGCUGCAGGAUAUACUCUUGAUGCUCGAGCAGCCUUACAGCGGCUCAAAGCAGGAGAGGAUCGAUAGGCUGAUAUCGUUCAUCACCGACCAGGUGGAGAAUCCCUGCGAGCACAAGAAUGCGGGCUCCGGCGAGAUCCUGGACAACGUACGCUGGACAAACACAUCUACCUGGACGUUCGCGAUCUGCAAGAACUGCAACCGAUGCGUCCAGCGGAUCCCGAAGACGAACUACGCGAAGGAAAUCAGGGACAAGGCGUGCAGCCGCGAGGACAAGAAGGACGCGCUCGCGGUCAAUGACGUGUUGUGGGACGACAUCGGCACGACGGAGCUCAUCAACGAUAGCGGGUGCAGGCGCAGCGUCGCAGGUCACGAGUGGCACGACAACUUGCAGACCCACCUGAAGAGUUUGGGCCUCCAGCCGGUCAAGAAGGACAUCAAUGAGGAGUUCAGGUUCGGCGGCGGUGACGUGGCAGUCAGCACGGAGUCGUACGUCUAUCCUGCUGGGAUAAAUGGCACACACGGAGUCAUUGAGGUGGCUCGAGUGGAAGGACGAACACCACCACUGCUAUCGCAGCAGGCGAUGCAGGAUCUAGGCGUGAUCGUCAAUUACCGCAAGAAGGUGAUGGACAUCGAGGAGGCCGGAGUGUUCAAGAAGCCGAUCAAACAAUCACGGUCGGGACAUUUCCUCGUAGACAUCGGAGAGUAUGGCAACCCGAACGAGUUCCCGGAGUGUUUCCAUAUCAAUGGCAAGAUGGACAUGACCCCACAGGAGGAGGCCGGCGAACUCGGGUUCAAGGACCUCUCGCGUGUUGGAGUCCUACAGCGAGGUAGGAAGAAGCGGUUGCAGAGGACCACGAGAGGAGUUGCGGAUGCGUUGGCUGCAGAGGCGAAGAGAUCCGUCCACAAGGACCCACCGACGGUGACGUCGAGAUCCAAGAGGUGGAAGUUCCUGGAGAUAUUCUCGUGGGCGCUUGCUCUAUCGUGCGAGGCGGCGGCGCAAGGGUGGCAGGUCAUGCCGCCAAUUAGCAUCGAGACGGGCUUCGACCUCUACACGCGUUCUGGGCGGGCGCGAGCCUGGAGGGAGGUCGUCGACAACAAGCCGGACGUGGUGGCCAUGGCUUGGCCCUGUGACCCCUGGACGGUGAUGCACAACUACCAGGCACGCCGCCCGGCGUUCCAGAAGGAGUUGCAGGUGCGACAACAGCAGUCCCGUGGAGCGUUGAGGUUCGCGAAGAGGGUGGCUGACUACCAACGCAAGCGCGGAGCUUACUUCUACGGCGAGAACCCGCUCACAAGCAAGGCCUUCCAGGAGGAGCCGAUAGUGGAGCUGCUGAAGUCGCGCGGCACGACGGAGUUCGCCGAGGCCGUUAUCAGCGUGUUCAUGGAGGCGUUGGACAUAAGGUUCCGCCCGGACUCCGAGGAGCCCCACCUGAAGCCCCACCUGAAGUUCUACCUGAAGUUCUACCUGAAGUUCUACCCGAAGUUCUACCGGAAGUACCCCCAGAAGAUCCUGAAGGACGAGGUGGAACAGGAGGGGGACGUGCCAGAGGAGGCGGACAUCACCAGGGACCCGCUGUAUCCAGAGGAUCUCCCAGCGGGCGAGAUAUUCACUGCGACGAGAGUGAUGAGGUUAGGCGGGGCCUCCCAGCUGCACCUGGACUACGCGAAGGCAUGGCAGUGCGAGGUGUGCGCGAGACGAGCAGCUCCAGAGCGACGUCGAGUGGUGUCGAGCCGACAGAGACCCACGUCAUUUGGGAUCGCGGUCGGGGUGGACAACAGGGAGCUGAAGGACGCGAGUGGAGGCAAGUACCUGGCCCUGAAUUGCGUGGAUUUCGCGACGAAGUUCUCGUGCCUGAUCAUGCCGGAGAAUCCCUCCAGUGCAGAGGCAGCCAGGAUGUUCAUGACGAAGUGGUGCGCCUGGGCCGGAGUACCUAUUGUGUGUCACUCCGACAACGGCUCGGAGUUCAGGAAGGAUUUUGCAUCCUACGCGGAGUCGGUGGGAAUCACGAUGAGAGUGGUGCCCGCGGAAAGUCCGCGGCAACACGGGCUGGUCGAGCGCCACGGGGCCGUCAGCAACGACAUCGCGCGCGCGAUUGUGGGCGAGUGCACCAUCCAGGGCCCGGCCGAGAUGGAGUUAGCCAUAGCGGCGGCGAACAUCUGCAAGAUCCGAAGAGUGGAUCCAUCAGGAUACAGCCCCAGGAUGAGAGUUUUCGGUUGUGGAGACAGGUUACCAGGCAGCGUGCUGGACAGCCUCCUCAGCGACGAACAGUACCCAGAGAUCGCCGUGCACGACGCGGUGCUCAAGGACUACCAGGUCCAGCGGUCUCAGAAGAUACGCGAGGCGGCUCAGGUCGCGCUGGCGAAGCUGGACAACAGUGACAAGUGGAGGAAGGCCAUCGUUCACAACUAUCGACCCACACCCUCGCCGUGGAUGCCCGGAGAGUGCGUGUUCUUCUGGCGAGCGGCAGGUGCCUUCAAGCCGCAGGCACGAUCUACAAGACGAGCAGACCGUUGGCACGGUCCAGCAGUCAUCCUCGGCAGGGAGUGGGGACGCGAAGGCCAGAACGAAGCGUAUUGGCUGGUGUUCAACGGGAACCUCCUGCUGGCGGCACCGCAACACAUCAGGUCGGCAACCCCAGAGGAGCGCUUGGCGAGCGAGGCCAUCGGCAGCAUCCUUGAGAACUACAACAUGGACCUGAGCGGGAUCUCGAGGGGUCAGCAUACGUUCGAGGACUUGAGACCGAGCUCGAUGGCACCAGUGGUGGAGGCGGUGUUCAACCAAGCCGUCGAGACCCCAGUCCCGGACCUGGACACGGAGACGCUGUACGCGAUGAACGACGUGUUCUCGCUGGAGCUCCGUCCCUUUCAGGCAGGCACCAAGGGGAAGGAGCUGGACUCGAGGAAGUUCACGAAGGCGGAGUGGCUUGGGUUCAACAAGAGCAUCGCCAAGAACUGGAACCAGCACCUGGAGCACGAGGCCGUCAGGGUGGUCCUGCCCGAUGAGGCGGCGAAGGUCGACAAGUCGAGGAUCUUCAAGGUGCCGGCGCGCUUCGUGCAUACCCUCAAGGAGGGCCAGCCGAACAGCCGACUUGUGAUCCCGGGACAUCUCGACCCGGACAACCAGGGCAAGCUCGGCAUCAAGCAUGCGAAGCGCAUGGCGAUUUCGUCAGAAACGGCAGGUACACGGACAGAUGCACCAGUGGCGCCCAUGGUAGGGCUGAUGCUACUGCUGAACUUGGCGGCGCAUUUUGGCUGGGAUCUCGGGGCGUUCGACAUCGGCUCGGCGUUCCUCACCGGCAAGACAAACACGAGUGUUGAUCCAGGCCGGAUUCCAGCCGCUAAGACCAUGAAAGGAGUUUUUGUCAUUAGGAACGACAAAGGCAAGAUCGAGGCGGUCCUAUGUGUUCACGUGGACGACGGACUCUGGGGCGGUACAGGCGAGCGGUUCGCCAGAGCGAAGGAGAUCGUACGCGAGAAGCUCAACGUGACCAAGGAGAAGCAGGGUCAGUUCGAGUUCCUCGGCCGGCGCAUCAAUCAGCUGCCGGAUAAGUCCAUAGAGGUCGACCAGCACGAGUACAUCGAGAAGAUGGAGAAGAUCUUCGUGCCGGCAUCCAGGAGGAAGGACCCCGAGAGCAAGGCGACCGAAGAAGAGCUCUCGAAGUACCGCAGCCUGGGACAACAAUUAUCGUGGCCCGCGCGGACGACACUACCUGGUUUAGCCUAUGACGUCAGUGACCUGCAACAGCGGACGCCAGACUUGACGGUCGGCCAGCUGUGCAAGGCGAACACGGUGUUGAGCAUGGCCAAGGAGAUGGCGGCCAGUGCGAGCUACGGGUUUGACAGGGCGUGUUUCGUGAGGACGGCGUUGGCCGAGAUAUUGUACGGCUGGGAAUCAGAGAGCGACUGGACAACAUUGAUGGGCAAGAUCCCCAGCCUGUGCGUGACGGACUGCAAGAGUUUCGUCGACCUAUGCCGUAAGGAAGGGAGCAUGCCGACGGAGAGGAGGAUCGCGUUGGACCUCGCUGAUCUUCGAGAUCGUUUGGAAGUCGGAGACGGCUUGAUAUGGACAGACACCCGCCUGAUGCUUGCCGACCCCCUGACCAAGCACAUGAAGGAUCAGAGCUAUUUGGAGCAUGUCCUCAAGACGGGAGAAUACGUCUACCGGUGCAAGUAG